AUGCUCGGGGCGGAUCCCCGGGGCACCGGGGCGGGGCGGGCGCUGCACGACCCGGGAAUCCCGGGAAAGCCGGGAAAAGCCGGGAAAGGGCCGCGGGCAGCGCCGGGAGCUGCGCUUAUCAGCCGCGUGUGGGAGAGCAAACAGGAACAGGAACUGGGGCGCGGGUGGCGGCACCGGGGAGUGCCGGGGGCGCUGCCGGGCUCCCCCCGCCCCAGCCCGGCCUCGGGGCUCGCCGGGACCCGCCGGGACCGGGGCAGGCUCCGGGAAGGGGCCGGGAGGGCUCCGGAGUCCGGCGUGGCCCCGGGGCACGGACGGGAUUCCCAGCCAAUGGAAGCACAGGGACGUGGCGCUGCCUCCGAGCUGCCGCUUUCUGAUUGGCGGGAGUUCGACCUUCGGGCGGAGCGCGUUUUGAUUGGUCGAGGCGCGGGCGCUGAGGGAGGCGAUUGGCUGGGGAGGGGAGGGCGGAAGUGGAGAGGCGGGGCCGGGAAAGAUGCAGGUGCGGACCGGGAGCGGGACCGGGAUCGGAAACGGGACCGGGAGCGGGGAAGGGACCGGGAUCGGAGGCGGGAGCGGGAUCGGAAACGGGAGCGAGAGCGGGGAAGGGUCCGGGAUCGGGUCCAGGCGCGGGGCAGCGGGGACAGCCCGGGCCUGGCGCUGGAGCGGAGGCUCCCGGUGCCGCUGCCGGUGCCGCUGCCGGCUCCCCAGGACUACCGGAAUGUGCCCAUCGACAUCCAGACCAGCAAGCUCCUGGACUGGCUGCUGGACCGGCGGCACUGCGGGCGGCGCUGGCCCGCGCAGGUGGCGCAGGUGCGGGAGCGGAUCCGGGCGGCGCUGCAGGACAUGCCCGAGCACCCCGAGAUCCGAGAGCUGCUCCAGGGCUCCUACCUGCACUAUUUCCACUGCCUGCGCAUCGUGGAGAUCCUCAAGGGCACCGAGGCCUCCACCAAGAACCUCUUUGGGCGCUACUCGUCCCAGAGGAUGAAGGACUGGCAGGAGAUCGUGUCCCUCUAUGAGAAGGACAACGCCUACCUGGCCGAGCUCUCCAGCCUGCUGGGGCGCAGCAUCAGCUACGAGCUGCCGGCGCUGCGGCGGCAGCGGGCCCGGUGGCUGCAGGCGCAGCAGGAGCUGGCGCGGCGCGAGGACGAGUGCCAGGCGCGGGCAGGGGAGCUCCGCGAGCGCUUCCUGGGCUCCUGCCGCCAGUACGGCAUCGCCGGCGAGGACGUGCGCCGGGAGCUGCUGGCCCAGGUGCAGGCGCUGCCGUCGCUGCUGUCCCGCGUCGGGGACGGCGCCAGCGCCCUCGGGGACGCCAUCGAGCUGUACCAGGCCUGCGUGGGCUUCGUGUGCGACAGCCCCGGUGCGGAGGCGCUGCCGCUGCUCCGGCACGUGGCUGCCCACGGGAACUCGUCCGUGUUCCGCUGGCGCACGGGGCAGGAGCCGCUGCGGCUCGAGCGGCCCCAGGCGGCCCCGCAGGCACCGCAGCCGCCCCCGCAGGACACGAUCGAUUGGGGGGAUUUCCCCACGGAGCCGCCCCAGGGCGGGGACAUCGACUGGGGCAUCACGGUGGAGCCCAGCCCGCAGGGGGACGAUGGCAUCGAUUGGGGCGAUGGAGAGAAGGGACAGGAGGGGACGAUCACAGUAGAGCUCAGUGCCCAGGGGGAGGAUGGCAUCGAUUGGGGCGAUGGAGAGAAGGGGACAAUCGCAGCAGAGCCCCAGGGGGACGAUGGCAUCAACUGGGGUGACGCAGGGGGACAGGAGGGGACGAUCACGGUGGUGGAGGCUGGAACGGAGGCCCCCGAGGGCGUUGCCCGUGGCUCGGACGCGCUGACCCUGCUGGAGAACCCCGAGACUCGGAACCAGUUCAUCGACGAGCUCAUGGAGCUGGAGCUGUUCCUGGCGCAGCGGCUGCUGGAGCUGGAGGACGCGGCGCUGGACGUGGUGGCCCUGAGCCAGUUCCAGGCGGCGCCGGCCGCGCUGCAGGGCCAGAGCCCCGAGCGCCUGCGGGCGCGGCUGGCCACGGCGCGGGAGCUGCUGGGGCAGCUGUGCUCGCGCAGCGUGCAGCACCUCUGCAUGAUCCUCGCCUCGCCCAGGUACGUGGAGCGUGUCACGGCCCUGCUGCGGCAGCAGGCCCUGCAGGCCGAGCUGCUGCUGGCCAAGCGGGAGGCGCUGGGGCAGCGGCGCCGCCAGGCCCUGGCCGAGCAGGGAGCGCUGGAGCCGCGGCUGCAGCAGCUGCAGGAGAGAGCCCGGGAGCUGCAGAGGCUGAUCGAGGCCGACAUCUCCAAACGCUACGGGGGGCGCCCGGUGAACCUGAUGGGCGUCAACCUGUGACAGAUGAGGGACACCAGCCUGUGACACCU